AUGAACUCCGAGCUCGUGGACAUGACACCGUCGGUGCCCACCACAUUGGGCGAGAAGGUGGAGUACUACCUUCGCGACCGCACACGGUACCUUCAUGUGCAGAAUGAAAUCCCGCAAGAGGUGACGAAUGAGCUCGCCAUGGUAGACAACUACUACGUGUCCGUUUCCAACCCGCAGGACAUGCACUUCACAAACCCAGGUGAAACGACUGUCGACUACGUUUGCCGGGUAGUGUACAACGUUUUCCUUAGACUGUACGUGCAGGCGGUGCUGCUCGUCCCCACCCUGCUAUUUCUGCUUUUCAUAGUGUUUCGCACCCACCGCUCGCCGAUGUUUCUAUUCCUCUACAGUACCGUGAUCGGCAUUGAGGUGCUCUCGAUAUGGGCCUACGAACGGGGCGCGCGCUUCGCCGCGGGGCUCUGGUGGGAACUGGCGUGGCUGAUCGUGGGGCUUAUCGUCACGAGCAUCCACGCGCUUUCCCCGGCAAACGUCUUGUGUGUACUACUGCUUGUGGUGCAUUGGAUGUUCAUGGCACGCAUCACCGUCAUUCAGGUCUCCCGGGCAUUGCGUGUGUUCUGCGCCUCCGAACGUCGCUGCUACAUUGCCGAGGGCGUCGUCCUAGACAUGGCAUACAUAACCCGCAACGUGAUCGCGAUGGGGUGGCCGGCGAGAGGAACGGAGGCUUUUUACCGAAAUCCAUGGAAUGAGGUGGUGCACUUUCUCCGCCGCAAGUACACGCGCUUCUCCUCACACGUCAUCACACUCUGCUCGGAGCGCUGCACCGCGCCGUUCCCGCGGCAGUCUACCUACCCUGUGGAUGACCACAACCCAGCGGAGGUGCCUCUCAUGAUUUCCUUUUGCUGCGAAGUUGCUGACUACGUCAUGGCCGACCCGUACACCAGAGCUGUCGCGGUGCACUGUAAAGGUGGCAAGGGGCGCACUGGCACAAUGAUCUGUGCGUACCUCAUGUACUGUGGUCAGUGCCGCAGCGCCAACGCUGCCAUGCGCCACUUCAGCCUUCUACGCAGCCGCAUCGGCUCGCAGAAGCUGCAAGGCGUGCAGACCCCCUCACAGGAGCGCUACGUUCGCUACUUUGACCACCUCAUCAACGAACAGCCUGGAAUGAUCAUCCCGUCUCGCCCGCGUCGCAUUCGGCGGCUUGUGCUGCACAACAUCCCCCCGCUUUGGGUGCGGCGCGGGGUGGAGCACUUGUGGAUGACCGUCAUUGUGAAGCCGUGUACCGAGCGGCGCGUCGUAUACCUCACGAACCGCACCGUUACGUUCAACGCCGCGGUUCCAGACCCGCGCACGUAUAACUGGCGCACGCAAAUCAAAGACCUUUUCCACAAUGACGAAGAGGUGGUAUACGAGGAGGCCAACGAGAUGGACACGGCGGAGAGCGGUAUCACCGGCUACCUGCCAGACGAGCGGUCCUUUCGCGUUACCGGAGCAGCCGGGGUCACGCUGGAGCUGGCCUUCCCUGAUGAGAUCCCGGCCGUGGAUGGCGACGUCUGCUUCAAGUUCUUCUACUACAAGAAUAACCCGAACCCACUGCGGCCGCCCGUGCAGUUCUGGAUUCACACCGGGCUGGAAACACACUCGACGAUGCGGUUCGAGCGCCGAGACUUGGAUGGGGCCUUCAAGGAUGCGAGAGGUGACCGCUACCCCGCCGGGUUUGCGGUGGAGCUGGUGCUCGAGGAUGCGCCAGGGGCGUACACGGCACGCGAGUGA